CCUUGCUGUAACAGUAGACUGGUGUAUGAGGAAGGUGAAGGUUUUUACAAUUCGAUGGAUCACAGCUGUUUAUUCACUGCUACGAACAUGAAGACUUGGACUUUCAUGCUUAUCCUCACACUGUGUGUAGUUGCAGUGUCAGCGCACAGCAAAACCAGGCAGAAGAGAACAUGGAUCAUCGACUCCUUCACUCUAGAGGAAGAAAGUCCUGGCCCGUUUCCAUAUGCACUCGGCAAAAUUCAUGUGGACAAGAAAUAUUUAGUAAAUUUCGUGCUCAGUGGCAAUGGUGUUGAUUUACAACCCAAAGGUGUGCUGAGUAUCAACAAAAAAACCGGUGAAAUUCUUGUGCAUAAAAAAGUCGACCAUGAGACCUUUCCAGUUCUCAGGCUCAAGUUUGAAGCAAAGAAUGCCUCUAAUGACAAAGUGGACACGAGGCUAGGUGUUGAGGUCAAGGUCCAGGACAUUAAUGAUCAUGCCCCUGUUUUUAAACCUCUUAACUAUGAAACAACACUCAACGAAUCUGUGCCUCAAGGUAAAUUGGUUAUGACAGUCUUUGCAUCAGAUGAUGACGAUGCACUCACCCCCAAUGGCACCUUCGAAUUCAGACUUGUCUCAUCCACCCCAAAAACAGACAAUCUUGAAUUUUAUAUGACUCAGAACGAAAACACAGGAAAUAUUUAUUUCAAAGGCUGCUUGGACUAUGAGAAAGCACAGAAAUAUACCCUCUUGAUCGAAGCCAAAGAUAAUGGGGACAAAGUACAGCUUUCCAGUACGAGCACAGUGGUCCUGAACAUCAUCGACCAUAACAAUCACCUCCCUGAAAUCACUGGUCACACAGGUCCUGGAAAGAUAAAGGAAAGAGAGAGCGGUGUGGACAUUCUGCGAUUUCAGGUAACGGACAAAGACAGUCGAGGUUCACCAGCCUGGAAAGCUAAAUUCACUCUUCAUGGAGAUCCGGAGAACAAUUUUAAAAUCCAAACCGACCCCAAAACUAAUGAAGGAGUCCUGACUGUUGUAAAGGGAAUGGAUUAUGAGGAGCAAACGUCAAGAAACGUGUCAAUCAGUGUGAAAAACGAGGUGCCCUACUUCUUCUGUAAGGUGAAAAACCCUACUUCGCAGGGUCUAUGGGAGGUCGAGACUCUUGCUGAAGGGUCGAGCACAGAUGCAACUAAACUUUAUCCGGUCACCAUCGCUGUCGAGGACAUCAACGACCCACCGGAAUUUGUACACCCUGUUAAAGAAAUAAUGAUCAUGGAGAACACAAAAGUAGGAACCUUAUUGGACACCCUUACAGCCAGGGACUCAGAUAAAUCAUUUGGAAGCUCAUUUCACUUUAUUAAAGGAGAAGAUAAAGAGAACUGGGUAACUAUAGAUCCAAAGACUGGCCAGAUUUCUGUGGCCAAGGUUAUGGACAGAGAAUCACCAUUUGUGAAAGACAGUACCUACAAGGUCACUGUGUAUGUUGCGGACAAUGCUGAACCUCCACUGACAGGUACAGGGAUGGUGAUCAUCCAUCUAGGAGAUCAGAAUGAUAACGUACCACUGUUGGAGGUGGACAGAGUGAAUGUGUGUUUAUCAGACAAGGAAACCAUGACUAACAUCACUGCUUUAGAUCUGGAUCUUCCUCCAUACAGUGCACCAUUUCACUACGAGCUCCUGGGAGAUGUCAAGGGGAAAUGGAGGAUUGAGCCAAAUCAUGGAACAACUGUGAACCUGAUCCGAGAGACGACGGUCUAUUCGGGCCAUUAUGAGGUCCAGGUCAAAAUAUCAGACAGCCAGAACUUUGGUUUGGUCCAAAACCUGUCCGUCACUGUGUGUGACUGCAGCAUCUCAUUGAACUGCCAUGUUAGCAGAUCCAUGAGUGCACAGACGAGCGUUAGCGCCAUCGGUGUCAUAAUCUUCGCUUUGUUGUUACUGCUAGUAUUCAUUCUGAUGGCUCUUCUGAUCUCCUGUAAAGAAAAAAAAGCUAUGAUCCCAACUGAUGAUGCUCCUGACUGGUAUCUUAUUAACUCCAACAUUGAGACACCUGGCACAGACUGCAAGAUACCAGCUAAAAUCACCCAAACGGACAUGAGCGAGACCACUGUGAAGGCAUUCAGUCCUCUAGGAGCUCCAAAUGGAAUUUCCACACAGGAGCCAUUACUUAACAACGGUUUCCAUCAAAGUUUUGCAUCAUCCGCUGAACAACAAAUGAUUAGGAGAUCUCUCCGACGGAGUUCGACAAGACGUUCUUACCGGCAGGGCAGCAAUUAUGAUAUGAUGGGCUCGGGCUCCAUGAGCAGAAACCAUUCUAUUUACCACUCAGAUGACCUUCAUAUGAGACAAAUAUUGUUGAUUCAGCUUGAGAAGCGCCUCCUCCAGCUCCAGUCUCCACAAGAGGAGCUUGGCGAUUAUGAGCCGCACUUCUAUGCAGACGAAGGCGAACCCGAGACAGGCCAAAACCUCGAUACCAUCUCCGUUGCUGAGCUAGAUUUCCAUCCAGACAUCCUUACACAUUUAGAUUUCCAAUUCAACAAAUUGGCAGCUGUGUGCAGGCCUGAUCUAAUGUCAUAGUUUGAGUGAACUGAAGCUGAAAGUAGCAACCAGUGAAUGUUUUUCCCUCACUCACUGAGAGAAGAUUAGGGUUGACGUUGUAUGCUUACAUGACACUUGUCAUGUGAUGCAAAUUAUCCUGAUUUAGCAUGCCUACCUCAUGGAUGGAUGGAUGGAUGGAUGGAUGUGCAAUCCGAUGAUGUUCUGGUAGUUGAGGUUACAUGGAGAAACGGGGCUGUAAGAAAACCAUUUUUAAGAGAGAAAUUAAAACUGAUGUGGGAUACAUGGUUCUCUGCAUCGGUAGAAUGAUUAAAGCUCAAGCAAAAAGGACCUUCAAUAAGAUAAUUUACCUCACAAAAUUCGUAUAAUUGAGAGUGUGUAAAAUGAGUUUUCAUCACGGCGAAUUCAUCUAAGCAUACUUGAAUUCCACGAAGUUGGGAACGCUGGAAUGGUUACCAACAUAAACCACAAAGAUGGGCUGUAGUCUAGUGAUAGAGAUAUGGAUUAUCUGUGUGGAGUUUCAUAUGUUUUCCCCAUGUCCAUGAGGAUUUCCUCCAGGCUGUCCAGUUUCUUUCCAUCUCCUCAAAACAUACAUGUAGGUGGACUGGCUACUCAGCAUUGUUCCUAGAUUUGAAUGAGUGUGGGAAUGUAUGUACGAAUUGACGUCCCACCCAGUGUGUGUGCCUGCCUUGCUCCUGGUGCUUCUGGUAUAGGCUGUGGAUCCACUGAGACCCUGAUAAGGAUAAAGCAUUUACUGAAGAAUGAAUGAAUGAAAAAAUG